CCCAAGGGGACUAUCUCCCAGUGGCAGGCCCUUCGAUAAAAUCAGGAACUUGCGCUCGCCCUGCAAUGUCACGGGAGGGGGCUCACCCAGGGCUCCUGUAGCUCAGGGGCAGGCCUGAGCCCUGCGCCCGCCCCGAGUCCCUCCAGCCCCGGACGGGGCGCCCCAUGCCGAGGGGCUCCUCACUGGCCCCCACCGAGGCAGGGGACCUGACCGGCUCGGAGCUCGGCUGGAUGUUACAGGCGUGCAAAAUGGAAGGGUUUCCCCUCGUCCCCCCUCCAUCAGAAGACCUGGUUCCCUACGACACGGAUCUGUACCAACGCCAAACGCAUGAGUAUUACCCGUAUCUCAGCAGUGAUGGAGAAAGCCACAGCGACCACUACUGGGACUUCCACCCGCACCACGUGCACGGUGAGUUCGAGAGCUUUGCCGAGAACCACUUCACGGAGCUGCAGAGCGUGCAGCCCCCCCAGCUGCAGCAGCUCUACCGCCACAUGGAGCUGGAGCAGAUGCACGUGCUCGACACCCCCAUGGCGCCCACCCACGCCGGCCUCGGCCACCAGGUCUCCUACCUACCCCGGGUGUGCCUCCCGUACCCCUCCCUGUCCCCGGCCCAGCCCAGCUCGGACGAGGAGGAGGGCGAGCGGCAGAGCCCCCCACUGGAGGUGUCUGACGGGGAGGCCGAUGGCCUGGAGCCGGGGCCUGGCCUCCUGCACGGGGAAACAGGCAGCAAGAAGAAGAUCCGCCUGUACCAGUUCCUGCUGGACCUGCUCCGCAGCGGCGACAUGAAGGACAGCAUCUGGUGGGUGGACAAGGACAAGGGCACCUUCCAGUUCUCGUCCAAGCACAAGGAGGCGCUGGCGCACCGCUGGGGCAUCCAGAAGGGCAACCGCAAGAAGAUGACCUACCAGAAGAUGGCCCGCGCGCUGCGCAACUACGGCAAGACGGGCGAGGUCAAGAAGGUCAAGAAGAAGCUCACCUACCAGUUCAGCGGGGAGGUGCUGGGCCGCGGGGGCCUGGCCGAGCGGCGCCACCCGCCCCACUGAGCCCAGGCUGGCAGAACGCGCCGGCCCGCCAGGCUCCCCGCUGGCCAUAGCAUUAACCCUCGCCCGGCCCGGACACAGGGAGGGACGCUCCCAGGGGCCAAGGGCAGGACUGUGGCGGGCCAGGCCUCGCCUCACCCGCCCACCCCCUUCUCCUCUACCCCCUCCCCACAGCCCUGCUGCGCCUUCCACCAGGACUCCAGCCCCGGCUCCCGAAGGCGGCCUGGGCGUCUGCCCCCAGCGAGGGGUCAGCCUUGCUUAGUACAACCAGGGGUGCUUCCUUGGGAGAUCGAAGCCAUCACGUUCAUGUAAAUGGAACCCUCCUUUCCGAGCAUCUCUCCCUUCCCACACCUCUCCUCCGUUAGCUUCCUCAAGAACCACUUAUUAAAGUUAUUUUCAGUGA